AGGACUACACGGCCCCAGCCCAUGCAGCGCGGGGAAGGAGCCGAGCCGGACUGCUCGGAGGAAAGGCUCGGCGGGAGCAGCGCGGCGGCAGAGCUGAACCGCAGGCCGGCUCCGGAGUGCGGAGGGGCGAGCAGGCGGCUGCUGCCAGGAUUUAGAAUGGCGGAGGGGGAAGAGCGCUGGGGCCGGCGGGAGCGAGCCCUGCUCUGGUGCGUCCUGCUGGCGGCGUGGGAGGCGGCGUGGGGGCAGCUGCGCUACUCGGUGCCCGAGGAGAUGCCGAAGGGCUCGUUCGUGGGCGACGUGGCCAAGGACCUGGCGCUGCAGCUGCCCGCGCUCCCCGACCGCGGCGUGCGCAUCAUAGACAGAGGCAGGGCGCAGUAUUUCGCCCUGCACGGGAAGACGGGACACUUGGUGACGGCGGAGAGGAUAGACAGAGAGCAGCUUUGCCGGCUGGUGGAGAAAUGCGUGCUGCGCUGUGAGGUGAUAGUGGACGGGGAAAUGAAGGUUUACGGCAUCGACGUGGAGAUCACGGACAUUAACGACAACGCGCCAAGCUUCCAAGACACAGAAACGGAGCUGAGAAUGAGCGAGACGACAGCGCCGGGGUCGCGGUUUCCCCUGGCCGAGGCUCACGACCCGGACGCGGGAGCGAAUUCCCUGCAGAGCUACGAGCUGAGCGGCGACGAGCACUUCUCGCUGGCCGUGCAGGCGGGCCCCGGCGGGGACCAGCGCCCCGAGCUGGUGCUGGCCAAGGCGCUGGACCGGGAGGAGGCGGCGUUCCACGAGCUGGUGCUGAGGGCGAGCGACGGCGGCGAGCCGGCACGGACGGGCACGGCGCGGAUCCGCGUGGCAGUGCUGGACGCGAACGACAACGCGCCCCAGUUCAGCCAGGCCGAGUACACGGUGCGUGUGCCGGAGGACGUGCCCGUGGGCUCCGUCCUCAUCACCGUCACGGCCACCGACGCCGACGAGGGGCUGAACGGGCACGUGAAAUACUCAUUGAAGAAAACGAAGGACCUGGCACCGCAGGUUUUUCACCUGGGCGCUGAGACGGGAUCGAUCACGGUGCUGCGGAGCCUGGACUUCGAGGAAGCCGAGUCGUACGAACUGGAGGUGCAGGCGCAUGAUGGUGGGGCCCUUUUCGACACGGCCAAAGUCGCGAUCAGCGUGACAGACGUAAACGACAACGCGCCCGAACUGACAGUAUCGUCGGCGCUGAGCGCGAUCUCCGAGGACGCGCCGUCGGGGACGGUGGUGGCCCUGCUGCACGUGCAGGACCGGGACUCGGGGGCGAACGGCGAGGUGCGGUGCAGCAUCGGCGAGGGGCUGCCGUUCCGGCUGGAGAAGUCGUUUGAGGGCUACUACCGCGUGGUGACGGCGAGGGAGCUGGACCGGGAGGAGGUGGCGGAGUACAACGUGACGGUGCGGGCGGCGGACGGCGGGUCGCCGUCGCUGUGGAGCGGCGCGGUGCUGGCGCUGCGGGUGCUGGACGUGAACGACAACGCGCCGGUGUUCGCGGAGGCGCGCUACAGCGCCCGGCUGCCCGAGAACAACGCGGCGGGCGCGCUGGUGCUGACGGUGCGGGCGGCGGACGCGGACUGGGGUCAGAACGCGCGCGUGCGGUACCGGCUGUCGGAGGGGCGGGUGCGCGGCGCGCCGCUCUCGUCCUACGUGUCGGUGCAGGCGGAGACGGGCGCGCUGUACGCGCUGCGCUCCUUCGACUACGAGGAGGUGCGCGAGGUGGGGCUGUGGGUGCGGGCGGAGGACGGCGGCGCGCCGGCGCUGAGCAGCAACGUGUCGGUGCGGCUCGUGAUCGUGGACGAGAACGACAACGCGCCGCAGGUGCUGUACCCGCCGGCGGCGCCGGGCGCGGGCUGGGCGGGCGUGGAGCUGGCGCCGCGCUCGGCGGAGCCCGGGGCGCUGGUGGCCAAGGUGGUGGCGGUGGACGCGGACGCGGGGCAGAACGCGUGGCUGUCGUACGAGCUGGCCAAGGCGACGGAGCCGGGGCUGUUCCGCGUGGGGCUGCACAGCGGCGAGGUGCGCACGGCGCGCUUCCCGCUGGCCCGCGACGCGGCGCGGCAGAGCCUGGUGGUGGUGGUGAAGGACCACGGGCGGCCGGCGCUGUCGGCCACGGCCACGCUGACCGUGGUGCUGGCCGAGAGCGUGGCCGAGCUGCUCUCGGAGCUGGGCAGCGCGGCGGCGGCGCCGGGCGAGCCGGCCGGCAGCCUGACGCGCUGGCUGGUGGUGGCCGUGGCGGCCGUGUCCUGCCUCUUCCUCGCCUUCCUGCUGCUGCUGCUGGCGCUGCGCCUGCGGCGCUGGCGCCGCUCGCAGCUGCUGGCGGCGGGCAGCGGCGCCGCGCGCGGCGUCCCGGCCUCGCACUUCGUGGGCAUCGACGGCGUCCGCGCCUUCCUGCACUCCUACUCGCACGAGGUGUCGCUCACCGCCGACUCGCGCAAGAGCCAGCUCCGCUUGUCGGCCGGCAGCUGCUGCGACACCCUCCCGGCCCGGCCGCCGCCCGACGAGCCCGCGCCGCUGCUCGGCGACGACCCCGCCGCGCCCCCGGUGAGUGCCUCUGCCCGCGCUUGGCUGCCUUUCCUUCCUGCCGCUCUGGAGUUUCUCGCUGCCCUUUGCCUUCCCUCUGCGCACGCAGGCAAGGCCGCGGCAGCUGCGGGCACAGGGCCUCGGUGCGCUCCUGCCUCUCGUUCCCGCGGGGCCCGUGCCUGGCUGGCUCAUCCGGCGCUCCGGCUGCGGUGGCAGGCAGGGGCGGUGAGGGUCCCUGGCGCUCCCUUGCGGGGCUGGCGAGGGGAGGAGGCGUAG